AUGAUGGCGGAUUCGACUGUAUUCCGACCGACCGAGCACAUUGCGUCUGGCAACAAGUUCAAGGAUAAAUCGCUUUUUGCAGGUCUGGUUAGACUGGGCUCCACGUACGAGCGGCUAAAGGGGUCAACUGCACUUGCUUGUAUCGCCAUUCUGCUCCCAAGUUACGAACUGUCUUCUUUGUCACAAUCCUCGUCCGCAUCCGAUGACCCAAUAAAACAUGGAGUAGUCUGGUUCUCCAAGCAAUCUGCUCAAGCUCUAUAA